CAACACCCGCAUUACAAGCUCGGACAUCAACGAACAAACACCUACGCUACAUUUUUUUAUUAAUUACUAAUUAAUCAAGUGUAUAUCGAUCAGUGAUGGCUCCUAUUAACGCGAAUGACAUUAAUGAUGCCAAGGCCUUCGUGCCAGCUAAGAAAGUUUUGCCAGAAGUUGAAACAGAGGCAGCUAAUGGAAAUGGGAACUCAUCAAAAGGAUAUUCUUACGAGACUCUACUGGAGAUAGCGAAUUUCUUGCUGUCUCGCAUCUCCGUGAAACCGCACAUCGGCAUUAUUUGCGGCUCUGGGAUGGGUUCGUAUUGGAAAGAGGGAUCUUUGGCUGAAAGUAUCACAGAAUCAGAAUCUAUCUCGUACGAAGACAUCCCCAACUUCCCAGUGAGCACAGUGGAGGGUCACCAUGGCAAGCUGGUCUUCGGGAAGAUCAGUGGAGUGCCUGUAGUGGCCAUGCAGGGACGGUUCCACUACUACGAGGGAUACCCUCUAUGGAAGUGUUGCUUACCGGUGCGUGUGAUGAAGCUACUCGGCGUGAAAACAUUGAUUGCUACCAAUGCUGCUGGAGGCUUAAACCCUUCAUACAAGAUUGGUGACGUCAUGAUCGUGAAGGACCACAUCAACAUGAUGGGUUUCGCUGGAAACAACCCACUGCAUGGGCCCAACGAUGAGAGGUUCGGUCCUCGGUUCCCACCAAUGAGCAAAGCCUACAACUACGAAUAUAGAAAUAUAGCCAAGGAGGUAGCCAAAGAGUUGAACAUUGACAACAUAGUGAAAGAAGGUGUGUACACCUGCCUGGGAGGACCCAACUUCGAGACGGUGGCUGAACUGAACAUGUUGAAGAUGGUCGGAGUCGAUGCUGUCGGCAUGUCCACCGUGCACGAGGUAAUUACAGCGAGGCACUGUGAUUUGAACGUGUUCGCUUUGUCUCUGAUCACGAACGAGUGUGUCACAAGCUACGAGAACAAUGAUGAGGCCAACCACGAGGAGGUGCUGGACGUAGGCCGCAUGCGACAAGACAUCCUACGCCUGUUUGUCAAUAAACUUGUUGAAAGGUUCGCACUCAUUGAGGCGAAGAACCCCUGAGCGAUAGCACAAAUACAAACUGAAAUUAUACGAUAUUCUACAACUGCAUAGGUAUAUGGUUCAGAGCGUUGAUUCCAGGCGUAUUUCCGGCGCGUGUUAGCACGCUUUCCAAAAUCUUUUAGGAUCUAAGAUAACCAGUCAGCGCGCGCUUACGCGCUUUUGAAUGAAAAGUUCACAAAAGAGCAGAAUAGUUUGCAAAUUAUGUGCCGAAAAUAAGCCCGGUAUACAACGCUAAAGAAACAUGUCUUCUACUUUAAUGAAUUUUGAAAGGUUGUCAAUCUUUUCAUAGUCUGAAUAACAGCUAAUUGUAGAGUUAAUACUAAAAAAUUUUUCGUGACGUGUCGAGUAUAGGUUUUUAUUCUAUUUAAGUAUAUUUAAUUUAUAUCUACACGUUAAGAUAGACCGCUACGUUUAGAUAGGACAAUUUAUUAAUGUUAACGUUAAGCUUAAGUUGUUAUAGUUGUUUUUAAGUGUUGUGUAUCUCGUUAGGUACCUUUAAAUAACUCGUAACAAUAAUUUAAUUUAAGAUGAAAUAGAAAAGAUCUUAAAUAACCUGAAAUCUAUUCGAAUUUAUAUUCAAUGGAAUUUAAUGAUAAUGACAAGACAAGCAUAGGUAUAUUUUUAUAAUAAAAUGAAUAAAAUAUUUUACA